AUGCCUUUCCCGCUGAGGACGGUGGAGCCCCUGAAGCUGUGCAGGUUGGAAGAUGCCGGAGGAGAUGCUCUGCUGGGACCAGCCAAAGCGGGGGACAAAGAGCGAGCGCAGGCGGCCGGCGGGGCUGGGAGCCGCGGGCGCCGGCGCGGCGCGGGGCUGCUGCUGUUCGGCUCGCUGGAGCAGGUCAGCUCGCACUCGCUGGUCUCCCUGCUCUGGCAGCUCUCCGACCUCUCCCGCUGCGCCAGCGACAUCUUCGGCGAGAUCCAGAGCCAAGCGGACGCCCUGUGUCGACGCAGCGCCCGGCUCCAGCGCCGCCUGGGCUCCCUGCGCGCUCUGAGCGCCCGCCUCGACCACCGCCGAGUUAAAAUCCCUGUCUCCAACCUAGAUGAAGAAAGUAGAUGGACAGUCCAUUAUACUGCUCCCUGGCACCAGCAGGAAAAUGUGUUCCUGCCCUCCACGAGGCCACCUUGUGUGGAGGAUCUGCAUCGCCAAGCCAAGCUGAACCUUAAGUCGGUACUAAGAGAAUGUGACAAGCUGCGGAGGGAUGGCUAUCGAAGUUCUCAAUAUUACUCUCAGGGUCCAACCUUCUCUUCUUCUUCCAGUGCAGCCUAUGGAAAUUACCAAGAUGAUUAUGAAGAAAUUGAACGAAAGUCUAGUCUGUUAGACUGCAUAUCUCAGUCUUGCAUUAGCGCCUGCUGUUCCUUGGUUCCAUGGAGCCUCAAGUGCUCAGUCCCUUCUCCAGAGGAGGAAAAGCUUAUUAGCAUCAAGAGAACUAGAACACCAGUUUCAAAUGAAUGUUCUGAUAUCAACACCCAAACUAACUGGACCAAGUCACUUCCAUUGCCAACACCAGAGGAGAAAAUGCGACAGCAAGCACAAGCAGUCCAAACAGAUGUGGUUCCUAUUAAUGUAACUGGGGAGAAUUUCGACCGCCAAGCCAGCAUUCGGCGGUCUCUAAUUUACACAGACACUGUGGUAAGACGGCCGAAGAAAGUCAAAAGGAGAAAGACUAUUACAGGAGUCCCUGACAACAUUCAAAAGGAGCUAGCAGUUGGCACUGGCCAAAGUGACUUCCGUGGGCAUUCGAUGUAUGUCCCAGAUCACUAUUCCACACUAGGGAGACUAGACAGCUACCGCUCUGCUAUGCAGCGAUCUGAAACCAAGGACACCAGCUGCCAGACAGAAGAAGUCAAAGUCGUGCCCCCUUCAGUGAGAAGAAUACGAGCACAGAAAGGACAAGGGAUUGCGGCCCAGAUGUCUCAGUUCUCCAGCUCAUCUGGAAACAUGUCUGUGAUGAGUGAUUCCGCUGGGGUUAUAUUUGCCUCUCGCCUAAAUAACGACAUGGGUUUUCAUAGCCUGCCUCGAUCUGGAGCAAGAGUGUCUCUGCAGUCACUAGACCAAAGGCAGAGCAUCUCUAACCAGGCAGAAGGCAUCGCUGGCACUUUGUCACACCAGAUAAGCAAGUUGCAGGUUGAUAAUAGUGUGGUCCAUAUGAGGAAUAACCCUAGGACUGAGACACUGCCAAGGCCAAAGUCCCAAGAGGUGAGAAGUUAUGAGAGUGAAAAAGCUGCAAGCCCGGCAUGUGUGGUCUCUCCUCAUGCCACAUAUUCAACCAGCAUCAUACCAAAUGCCACGAUAUCAUCCUCUUCAGAAGUUAUUGUGAUUCAUACCACCCAGAGUGCUGGACCAUUGGAUAGUAAAAUCACCAGCUCACCUUCCUACACAAAACCCAGAGACAGUCCUGUUGCCAACAGUGCAGUAAGCAUGAAAGAAGAUCACCAUUCUUCUAGCGGUAACUGGAGUGAGAGCAGCUCAACGCGCCACUCCCAGACCUCAGACACUAUCUCGUCUAAUGCUACCAUGAUGCUCUCCCUUGGUGACUCAGCUGUAUCCCUCAGCACUCCAGGAAAUGUGGAGAAUACAUCCCAAAAUAUGAGCUAUAGCUGUAGAAACAAUCUCCCUUUCCCAGGCCACUCCCAGGAUAGCGAUGGCAGAAGUGAAUCCAGUUUUUCAGGGGACAGAUCACAAAGCAACAGUAUAAACAGCACAGAGCACUGGGUGUACAAAUCUAGAGAAAAUGAUGAGACUCCCUCACACAAGCCAACCUGUGCCACUGCAGGUUAUUCCACUCCUGUAAGCAAUGUGAGUAGCAGCAGCCUAGAGAGAACUUCUGUCAAAGAAGAUUCAAGUUCUCUGUAUUCAGUGGACCAUGACGGCUACUACACUACCAUGCAUAUGGACUCUGGACUCAAGUCAGAUAAACUAUGCAAUAGUAAUAAUGGUUUUGGAAACCCCAGGCACAGUGUGAUUAAUAUUUUUGAUGGAAAUGAGAAGAAAAAUCAAGACGAGCGGUCAAGCAACAGUGACAAAUCCCUCAUACGAAACAUAUCUUUGAAAAAAGCAAAGAAGCCACCUCUUCCACCAUCCAGAACAGACUCGCUCAGAAGGGUCCCGAAGAAAAAAACCCAGUCCAGUGGACAGGUACUUGAUGAAACACUAAUUGCUACCCUCCAGCAUUCACUGCAGUUAAACCUUCAGUGCAAAAAUGGUAGUUCCCCAUCCCAAAGUCCAUGCAGUGAUUAUGAGGAUCCCUGGGUGCUGCGCUCUCGUAGCCAGAGCUCCGUCAGCGCAAGUAGCAGCAUGAUGUCCACAACAGCUCCAAAUAUGUACUCUCUCUGUACUGUCACUCCAUCACAGAGUGACACAAGCAGCAUCAGGUCAGAGUAUGCUGACCAAUGGGGUUACUACAGUGACUAUGCUGGCGUGCCAGACGAUCAAUUCAAAUGCCCAGUGGCUCGUUCUGCAAGCACUACAGCCAACCUCAAUGAUUACAGCAUCAGCCACCUCAAUGACGGCUCAAGGGCUUCUAUGCCCCAAGUGGCGAGUGGACUGGCCAAACCAAAGAACACUUCUCCAGAGAAGUCUCACAGAGUCACAUCACCAUCUAGUGGGUAUUCUAGUCAAUCAAAUACACCCACAGCACUUACUCCAGUGCCCGUGUUUUUAAAAUCCAUGUCACCAGCAAAUGGGAAAUCCAAGUUGAAACCGAAAGUGCCUGAGAGAAAAUCUUCUCUGCUAUCUUCAGUAUCCGUCUCUUCAUCCUCCACUUCGCUUUCUUCCAAUACAUCUACUGAAGGGAGUGUGAACAUGAAGAAACUGGACCCAGCCCUGACCUCCCCUCCUGAUGCUGCUGGUCCUCCACCUCCAACACCUCCACAUUCCCCUGAUCAUCCUCUCCCUCCUCCGCCCCCUGCCCCAGCAGAUGGAAUGGAUCUGCCUCCAUUACCAGCUUCUCCCAGCUUCCCCCCACCCCCGCCAGAAGCUAUUAUAAAUCCUUCCUUUCCCCUGAGUGGUCUGUGGUUUCCUUCUCCUCCACAGGAAAUGUCAUUCAGUCCUUUUUCUGCCCCUUCUCCUCCCCUUCCAUCCCCUUCUUCCUCCAUUUUCCCCAAUGUAGUACCUCCACCAGCACCACCUCUUGACCCCAAACUGACACAAGAUGCAACUAAAUUCACACGAUAUUCUUUUAAGAAAUGUAAUCAGGAUGAUUCUGGCUACAGUGCAGUGAAACAGCCAGCCAACAAGCAAGACUCCAGUAGGCCUGUAAUGCCCUUAGUAACCACCAAAGCACUGCAAAUGGUACAACUGAGGUCUGUGAAAAAAUGUACAGGAGCACAGACUGAACAAUCAGCUGGAUCUAUUUCUGAAGCCAACUCUCAGGAAAAAGCAACUGUAAUUUUCUCACCACAGCCUUCUCUAAAACCAUCUCUUUCACUAAGGCUCAGUAACAGCCUGGAUGAAGAGAUGAAAACUCAUAGUCCUUCCUUCAAAAACUUAGUUCAAACUCCUCCUCAGAGUUCACUUCCAGAUCUCAGUGACAGUACACCUGAGAUCAGCAGUGGUCAAAAACCUGGAAAUGCAGCAGGUCUAAUACAAACCUUUGAAGCUGAUGUAUCAGGAACAAACAUUGAAGAAGCACCUCAGUCUCCUGUGCAGAAUGAAAAAUCUCACUCUGGCCUUAUUAGUACACCGUUUCAGGUGCCAUCGGGGUCUCCAAACAAGACUCAGGGUAUAUCACCAAACAAGAAGCCACCUCCUAUUUCGAAGAAACCCAAACUGUUCCUCAUUGUGCCACCUCCGCAGCUAGAUUUUACAGCAGAGAAAAUAGCUAACGUGAGUGAUCCUGUCAGAGGCACAUCAAGUCCAACUAGGAGAGAGAUUGCACAUUGCGAAGAAGCAAAAUAUUGUCUUACAGAUGGACUCAGUUCCAAUGAGAUGGACUCGGGCAGAUUGGUUCCUGAGGGAGGAGCUGCUGGUUCCACCUUCUUUGAAACAGUGGAAACCAAUGUCUGUAUGGUACAGCCUGCAGCAUCACCAGUUCAAGAAGCUCCCAAGCAGGAGCAGCAGACCACUUUGGAUGAAGGAAGCAGUUCAGACAGCAAUGGAGACGACAGCAGUAACACUGACAGACAUCUAUCUCAAGAGGAUGAAAGUGCUGAGGUGUUUGAGACAGACACAACAAAUAAUUCAUCACUGCCAAGCAACAGUUACAGGGCAGGGAGUGAGGAGGUGGCAACGCCAGCUAGACCGAGAACUACUGAGGAUCUGUUUGCAGCCAUUCACAGAUCCAAAAGGAAAGUCCUUGGCCGCAAAGAUUCUGAAGAUGACCGUACCCGCAACCAUUCUCCUUCGCCCCCAGUAACACCCACUGGUGCAUCCCCAAAUCUAGCUUCCCUCAAGCACGCAGGAUCAAUUCAGAGAAGCAUUCGCAAGAGCAGCACCAGCAACGAUAACUUCAAAGCCCUGCUGCUGAAGAAAGGGAGCCGCUCAGACACCAGUUCCCGCAUGUCAGCAGCAGAGAUGCUGAAGAAUACAGAUCCGAGGUUCCACCGAACAAAGUCAGACUCCUCCCUUGAGUUUCCCGACAGCCCUGCGAGCUGUUCCCCCAGCAAGAACAAAAGGGCCCAGGAAGAAUGGGCCAAGAGUGAAGGCCUGAUGCCAAGGAGUAUGUCCUUUUCCAGCACUAGGUAUGGCAGGUCGCGAACACCACCCUCUGCUGCCAGCAGCAAGUACAACGUCCGGAACCGUAUCCAGAGCAGCCCCAUGACUGUUAUUAGCGAGGGAGAUGGGGAAGCAGUCGAACCAACAGAGAGCAGGAUCCGUAGGACUUUAAAAGAGCAGCAAGAGAGCCAGCUCAAUGUGUUUGACAGCGAUGACAUGGACAUGAAUGAUUUUCCGUCUGCUGAGGAGGCCGGUUCCAAUGAGACCAAGGCUCCAACCCACCUAGACUUAAUGACUCAACUGGUAAAACCAAAUGCUUCAAAGAAGUGUCUAAGCCCUUCAGACGAAAAAAGUUAA